UACCUAUAGUUCCUGCUAGCUCAACGUCCAAUACCGCUACUCCCGUUCCUGAGGAACAGAAAGUGACACCUAGCCGUAGAGCAGUAGCCAAGCGGAGUGCAGCCGUUAGAGGUAGACGCAGGAUCCAAGAUAUGGAAUCCUCUUCUUCUGAAAUUGAAUCCGAGGACGGUGAAUCUGAACUAGUGGAAGACGAAGAGGAUGAAGAGGACGAUGACAUGCAAGUUAGCGUGGACAACUCUUCUGUCACUGCCCACACUCUUCAAGGACGUUCAAAAUCGCGCUCAAUGACUACGCGACAAGCUGUUUUGGCUAGCGUCAUGGAUUCUUCCCAUAUUGCGCUCGGUAAGAAUUUUUCACUCUUGAUUCUGAACUGCGAAUCAUGCCCAAGUCCAGACUCAGAUCUAGCGGCUCAGUCUGUUCAAGGAAAUACAAGCAAGAAGAAGAAAGUCUUGAAUGAGACCGAACUCGCUCUCCGCAGAGAAGAGAAUGCGAGAAAGCGAAAGAAUCUUUCAGAGAAGAGACUCGAGGAUGAGAAGCUCGAGACAAUCAAUCGUCUUCUCAAGAAACAAAGCCGUCCACGAACUAAACGCGCUGGAGGUCCGUCUCAAGCCCACUCCGCGGGUUCAUCCGUACCACCUGCUCCGGUGAUAAGCUCGUCGACGGGUAAUCGGGGAGGUAAACGAGGCGGAGCUCGCGGUGGUGCCCGUGGUAGAGGUGGUCGUCGAGGACGUCCCCGUGCAGUCGUCGAUGAAGAGGGUGGAGAGGCAGAGGUUGACGCGGAAGGUGAUGCUAUGGAGGUUGAUGGGCAGGAAGGGGAGGGUGAGGAGGGCGUUGAGGGCGGAAAUGAAGUCGAAGGAGAGGCUCCAAUGAUACCGAUGUUCAGAUGGGUUUCCACAACCGUCCUUGUACCCACAGAAAUCUCUACGACCGUUGCAAAGCCCCUUUCACAGGACCAACCUAUCGGGGAAAAAACUGAGGGAGAUACGGGAGAUACAAAAAUGGCAGAUGCAGGCAAUGUGCUAGCUCAACAACAACCCCCAUCCCAAGAAAGGCGUGUGCAGUUCUCUUUAGCUAUCCCAGCUGCAUUCCUUCCUCCAGAAAAUUCAGCUCCUCUCCCUUUGACCGAAAUACGACCGCCUGCAAUCUGCGCUGUUUCUGGAUGUGGAGAUCCACGAAAAUAUCGUCUGGUGAAGGACUGGAAGAUCGGUGCGUGCGGGAUGGCUCAUUUAAAGGUGCUGGAGGGUAUGUCGUGAUACUAGCAUUCGUAGAUUUGGACUUUGUACAUAUAUAUAUUGUGUGAAAAUAAGAAAGGGUAAUCUGUGAAGGAUAUAAUCACUCAGUCGAAACAGA